CCACACGAGGGGCCAUGAGGAUGACGAUGCUCCACAAGAAAAUGCAGUGAAUCCAUUCUGCUCCCCGGUCCCUGCGACCUCCAACGGCAGAAUGGCUUCUUCCCGCUCAGCAAUCUUCCCUUCCGUGCAGUCUGUCUUUCCCCACCAAGCCCGCUCCUUCCCGGAGCUUCCGAAGCCGCUCUUGUCCGCCGUUACUUGUUUUGGAGUUUCGAGCUCUUGCUUGCUCUCCUCUUCUUCUCGCCUCUUUAUACGCCGAAGGGCUCAAGCUUCGAGGGAGCUGCGGAGGGCCUCCAUCCCUUCCUCGUCCUUGGCUAUAGUUGAGGAUGUCCCAUCUCAGCCCGGCGAAGAGUCGGCUGGAGCUACCGACCGAAAUUCGCUUGCAUCAGUUGUUCUUCCCACCAACGAAGAGUCUUCCAAUCUCCUUCGCGUUCGACACACUUGUGCACAUGUAAUGGCCAUGGCUGUGCAGAAGCUCUUCCCCAACGCUAAAGUAACAAUAGGCCCAUGGAUUGACCAUGGUUUUUAUUAUGACUUUGAUAUGGAGCCUCUGACGGACAAAGAUCUGAAGAAAAUAAAGAAGGAAAUGGACCGCAUUAUAAGGAGAGAUUUGCCUCUCAUAAGGGAAGAGGUUUCUAGAAUGGAAGCUCAGAGAAGGAUAGAAGCAAUUGGGGAGCCUUACAAGUUGGACAUUCUUGAAAGUAUUAAGACGGAUCCAAUCACAAUAUAUCAUAUAGGAAAUGAAUGGUGGGACUUAUGUGCUGGACCUCAUGUUGAAAGCACUGGCCACAUUGACAAGAACGCUGUCAUGCUCGAAUCAGUUGCUGGGGCUUAUUGGAGAGGAGAUGAAAGCAACGCAAUGUUGCAGAGGAUAUAUGGCACGGCAUGGGAAAAUGAAGAGCAGUUAAAGGCAUAUCUCUAUUUAAAAGAGGAAGCAAAACGCCGUGAUCAUAGGCGUCUUGGUCAAGAGCUUGAUCUAUUCUCAAUACAGGAGGAUGCGGGUGGAGGACUAGUAUUUUGGCAUCCAAAAGGUGCCAUUGUUAGACAUAUAAUUGAAGAUUCUUGGAAAAAGCUGCACAUGCAAGAUGGCUAUGAGUUGCUAUACACUCCUCAUGUAGCCAAAGCUGAUCUUUGGAAAGUCAGUGGACAUCUAGAGUUCUACAAGGAAAACAUGUAUGACCAGAUUAAAAUAGAGGAUGAACUUUAUCAGUUGAGACCAAUGAAUUGCCCUUACCACAUUCUUGUGUACAAGCGGAAGUUGCAUUCAUAUAGGGAUUUUCCAAUAAGAGUUGCGGAGUUGGGAACUGUUUACAGAUACGAAUUAUCUGGGACUUUACAUGGCCUUUUUCGUGUAAGAGGUUUUACUCAGGAUGAUGCACACAUAUUUUGCCUAGAAGAUCAAAUCAAGGAUGAGAUCAGAGGUGUCCUGAAUCUUGCUGAAAAAAUCCUGCUCCAGUUUGGAUUUGAAAAAUAUGAGGUCAACCUCUCAACAAGGCCUGAGAAAUUUGUCGGUGAUGAUGAUGUAUGGUCAAAGGCUACCACUGCUCUUAGAGAUGCAUUAGAUGAUAAGGGUUGGGAAUAUAAGUUAGAUGAUGGUGGAGGUGCUUUUUAUGGUCCCAAAAUUGAUCUUAAGAUUGAAGACGCCCUGGGGAGAAAGUGGCAAUGCUCGACAGUGCAGGUGGACUUUAAUCUUCCCCAACGGUUUGACAUAUUCUAUGUUGACUCUAAUUUAGAAAGGAAGCGUCCCAUCAUGAUCCACAGGGCAAUCCUGGGAUCUUUGGAGCGUUUCUUUGGGAUACUAAUAGAGCAUUACGCAGGAGAUUUUCCUCUUUGGAUAUCACCAAUCCAAGCUCGCAUUCUACCUGUCACGGAUACGCAGAUGGGUUACUGCGAAGAGGUUACAGCGAGAUUGAAGGCACAAGGUAUUAGAGCAGAGCUUUGCCAUGGUGAGCGCCUGCCAAAAUUGAUAAGGAAUGCUGAGAAGCAGAAGGUUCCUGUAAUGGCUGUUGUAGGGCCAAAAGAAGUCCAAUCCCAAUCUGUAACAGUUCGAUCAAGGUCUGGAGGAGAGCAUGGAACCAUGAGCGUCGAUGAGUUCAUUGAAAAAAUUCAACUUGCUGUGGAGAACAGAACUCCCUUUUUGUAAGACGCCAUUAAUUCCCUCAACCACACCCCUUCAAAGCCCCCCUAAUGAUGUUCCGUGAGCCAGAUUCUUUUUAAGUAUAAAUAUGAACUUGUUUACAUGUGCAUCACAUGGCCUUGAUACUAACAUGCUGAAUGUGAUAAUAAGUGGAAAACAAAAUGUCAAUACUUUAUAAAUGGGGUUCAGAAUGCUAAAAGAACCUCUGAGUUGUAACAAAGUUUCCGACGCCUGGACUAUGUUCAUCA